CGGGCUGGCUCCAGCCAAUGAGCGCACUCCACAUGCGAGCAGCAGCCGCUGCGCGAGAAGCGGGGCCGGCCGGGCGGCCCUGAAAGCCGAUUGGCGCUGAAGCUGGGAGCCGCUCGUGGAGGAGCACGCGAAGGACGCACGUCCGUUCCACCGUAACCGCAGCGCAACGCAACGCAGCCAGCGGCACUGACGGCGGUUCUCUCACAAGCGGCGCUGAAAAUUCACCUGAGUGGUGGGGGGCGACAGAUUCUUAAGUAGGAAAAGCGGCCUUUCUGAACCCACUCUGGUUCGCUGGUGACAAGUAUGCCAUUUAAACAUAAUUUAAUUUCCGCGUAAUCCUUAAUAGAGCCGGCUACAGAUCGAGGCGGGACCUUCAUUCUCCACGAUUCUCUCUUCACUAGCGUGCCAGCCACCUUCUGUCUGGAGUGUUUUUUAAGCAUUUGUUUCUUAUUUAAAAAACAUCGUAUCGGGGAGGAUUUAAAACCUGAAAAAAUCGCCAGUUGAAAUUGCAGGAGUUGGGGGAGCCUGACAUAAAGUGAAACUGUACCCGGUGAAGACGGUCCGCCAUGGAGAACGCACACACAAAGACAGUGGAGGAGGUUUACAGCUAUUUCAGCGUCAACGAGAGCACGGGUCUGGCCUCGGAGCAGGUCAAGAGGCAAAAGGAAAAAUGGGGGCCCAAUGAGCUGCCAGCCGAGGAGGGGAAAUCUUUAUGGGAACUCGUCAUUGAACAGUUUGAAGAUUUGUUAGUCCGUAUUUUACUCCUGGCAGCCUGUAUAUCUUUCGUGCUGGCCUGCUUCGAAGAUGGCGAGAAGACUAUCACGGCGUUCGUGGAGCCCUUUGUGAUCCUGCUGAUCCUCAUAGCCAACGCCAUCGUCGGGGUGUGGCAGGAACGAAAUGCAGAAAAUGCCAUUGAAGCCCUGAAGGAGUAUGAGCCCGAGAUGGGCAAGGUCUACCGGCAGGACAGGAAAAGUGUGCAGCGCAUCAAGGCCAGGGACAUCGUGCCCGGUGACAUCGUGGAGGUGGCAGUUGGGGACAAGGUUCCUGCAGACAUUCGUCUCACUUCAAUCAAGUCUACGACGCUGAGAGUAGACCAGUCCAUCCUGACAGGAGAGUCUGUGUCCGUCAUCAAACAUACGGACCCUGUCCCAGACCCCCGUGCGGUCAACCAGGACAAGAAGAACAUGCUGUUCUCAGGCACGAACAUCGCCGCAGGCAAGGCAGUGGGUGUCGUGGUGGCUACGGGCGUGAACACGGAGAUCGGUAAGAUCCGGGACGAGAUGGCCUCCACGGAGCAGGAGAAGACGCCCCUGCAGCAGAAGCUGGAUGAGUUUGGCGAGCAGCUCUCCAAAGUCAUCUCGCUCAUCUGCAUCGCCGUGUGGAUCAUCAACAUCGGCCACUUCAAUGACCCCGUCCACGGUGGCUCUUGGAUCCGCGGGGCUGUUUACUACUUCAAGAUCGCGGUGGCACUGGCGGUGGCGGCCAUCCCUGAGGGGCUGCCCGCCGUCAUCACCACCUGCCUGGCGCUGGGCACUCGCCGCAUGGCCAAGAAGAAUGCCAUCGUGCGCAGCCUGCCCUCAGUAGAGACGCUGGGGUGCACCUCUGUCAUCUGCUCCGACAAGACAGGCACCCUCACUACCAACCAGAUGUCUGUCUGUAGGAUGUUCAUCAUAGACAAGGUGGAGGGCCAAAGCUGCUCUCUGAGUCAGUUCACAGUGACCGGCUCCACGUACGCCCCCGAGGGGGAAGUAUAUCAGAAUGGCGUUCCUGUGAAGUGCUCAAAGUACGAUGCCUUGGUGGAGAUGGCCACGAUCUGUGCCUUGUGCAACGACUCCUCCCUGGACUACAACGAGGCCAAGGGCGUAUACGAGAAGGUGGGUGAAGCAACAGAAACUGCCCUCACCUGCCUAGUGGAGAAGAUGAACGUGUUUGACACUGACCUCAAAGGCAUGACCAAGAUUGAGAGGGCUAAUGCAUGCAACUCGGUGGUAAAACAACUGAUGAAGAAGGACUUCACCUUGGAGUUCUCCAGGGACAGGAAGUCCAUGUCCGUCUACUGCACCGCCAACAAAGCGCGCUCCUCAAUGGGCAAGAUGUUCGUUAAGGGCGCACCAGAGGGAGUGAUCGACAGGUGUACCCACAUCCGGGUGGGUAGCGACAAGGUGCUUCUGACCCAGGGCAUCAAGGACAAGAUCCUGUCAGUGAUCCGGGAGUACGGAACCGGCCGGGACACGCUACGAUGCCUGGCACUGGCAACCCGUGAUAAUCCUCCGCGCAAGGAGGUCAUGGUGCUGGAGGAUUGUGCUCGCUUCACGGAGUACGAGACGGACCUGACCUUUGUCGGCUGCGUGGGCAUGUUGGACCCACCGCGGUCGGAGGUGGCAGCCUCCAUCAAGCUGUGCCGGCUGGCCGGGAUCCGGGUCAUCAUGAUCACUGGGGACAACAAGGGCACCGCGGUGGCCAUCUGCCGGCGCAUCGGCAUCUUUGGCGAGGACGAGCAUGUGGGCGACAUGGCGUUCACGGGCCGCGAGUUCGAUGACCUGUCGCCGCAGGCGCAGCGAGAGGCUGUGCUCAAGGCGCGCUGCUUCGCCCGUGUGGAACCUUCCCACAAGUCCAAGAUCGUGGAAUUCCUGCAGUCCUAUGACGAGAUCACCGCCAUGACAGGCGACGGCGUAAAUGACGCCCCCGCCCUGAAGAAGGCGGAGAUCGGCAUCGCCAUGGGCUCCGGCACUGCUGUGGCCAAGACCGCCUCCGAGAUGGUGCUGGCCGACGACAACUUCGCCACCAUCGUGGCGGCCGUGGAGGAGGGCCGGGCCAUUUACAACAACAUGAAGCAGUUUAUCCGCUACCUCAUCUCCUCCAACGUGGGCGAGGUCGUCUGCAUCUUCCUGACGGCGGCCCUGGGCUUCCCCGAGGCCCUCAUCCCCGUGCAGCUGCUUUGGGUGAACCUGGUGACCGAUGGCCUGCCCGCCACCGCCCUGGGCUUCAACCCCCCUGACCUGGACAUCAUGAACAGGCCCCCUCGCAAUGCUCGUGAGCCCCUCAUCUCCGGCUGGCUCUUCUUCAGAUACCUGGCCAUCGGAGGGUAUGUUGGUGCUGCCACAGUGGGAGCUGCUGCUUGGUGGUUCAUCGCUGCUGAGGAUGGGCCCAGGAUCACCUUCUAUCAGCUGAGCCACUUCCUGCAGUGUAACCCAGACAAUUCCGAGUUCAAGGGCCUGGACUGCAAGCUGUUUGAGUCGCCCUAUCCCAUGACCAUGGCCCUGUCUGUGUUGGUGACCAUCGAGAUGUGCAAUGCUCUCAACAGCCUGUCGGAGAACCAGUCCCUGCUGCGCAUGCCCCCCUGGGAGAACGUGUGGCUGCUGGGCGCCAUCUGCCUGUCCAUGUCCCUGCACUUCCUCAUCCUCUACGUGGAGCCAUUGCCGAUCAUUUUCCAGAUCACCCCUCUGAACACCACUCAGUGGCUGAUGGUGCUGAAGAUCUCUAUGCCCGUCAUCCUGCUAGACGAGCUGCUCAAAUUUGCAGCCCGUAAAUACCUGGAACCUGGUAAAGAGUUGGAGAAGCCAGCCAAGGGCUGCUCGCUCUCCACCUGGACCCAGGGCAUCUCCUGGCCCUUCGUGAUCAUCACCUUCCCCCUGGUGCUCUGGAUCUACAGUACCGACACUAACCUAUCCGACUUGUUCUGGUCUUGACUGACAUAAGUGUGUGGUUCUCUGCUGUGUGUGUGUGUGUGCGCGUGUCUGUAUGCGUGUGUGUGUGUGUGUGUGUGUUUCCAUGCACGUUAGGGUGGCAAUUAACAUGCACCCAAAUGCUUAAAAAUAAUAAUAAACUAAUUGUUAAUGGGGCAAAAUGAGAGCCCUGUUGAUAUUGUACAUGAAAGCAUCCCAUCGCUUAAGGGCGUUUUUCGAUUUCAUUUUGAGAAUUUGUUCGUUUUGUUUUUUGGUAUUGCCUUUUUAAAUUGGUAUUUUAUAAUCUGGGAUUAUGAUUUGUCUUAUUACCUGACGUCUUGUUUCAGAACAACUGUAGUUGCCCCCCCCAUAGCCCCUUUACAUACAGGUAACAUAUUUAAAAAUUGUCCAAUGAAAUGUACAGAAAUGUUAACACUAUUUUAUGCAUUUUUUUUUGUAGUUUUGGAAGGGAGGAAAGGGUGGAGUGACUGAACAGAAAUGUUUACGGUUGUCUUUGGUCUGAGUUUUGGAUUCUUAAAGUUUAUGGAGAAACCAGUGGUGGUUUUCAGAAUGAAUGUUUUUCAGUGCAUCAACUAAAGGAAAGGUUUCCUCACAUGAAUGCUGCAUGCUUUCUGUUCCUGCAUGAAUGAACUUGUGCGUUUUCAUCCAAUCAGAUGUUCUUCAGAGUGCCCCCCCCACUGUGCUUAUUUUCACACUUACUUUAAGCCAGUUUUUUUCUGCACUAGGCAGGACGCAGCUACCUCAGUUCAAUAUGGCUCAUUCCUCGCCCCUACUCCUCCCCCAGCCAUGGAGAAAUUGGCUCUCUGCGUUUCAUCCUAAAUGUGCUGCAGGAGGUCUGCCCCCCCCCCUUCUGCUUGUGCAGGAAGAAAAGGUUGUCCUUGCUCAUGAUUUAUUCUCAUUCCCCCUUGAGGGGUGGCAAGGGUUUGCGUCUUUCAUUGAAAAUGUCAGCGUCCACCAUUGAAACAUGAACACAACGCAUCUCCCCCUUUCCCUGUCCACCCCCCACCCCCCCUUUCUAAGGGUAGCCUUCGGCUUGGGACCGAAGGGUCUUAUUUGUGAUUGUUUCUGUAAGGAAUCAUACGUGCAUUUAUAUAUAUAUAUCUAUACUUGAAUUUACAUUGAAACAUACUGAUUGUUCAGUCAGCAGAGCACAAAGUUAACUCUGGGCCAGUCCGGGCUCGGUGCCGUUCUCCAGGUCGAAAGUAUGCCAGCCGCGUGGUGGAGCAGUCUGUAAAUCUGUACAUACUACAUUUUACCAAAUAGUACAAUACCUGUUUAUAGUAGGAGUUUUAGGGCAUCUGUGCCACCCCGCUACACCCUCCGCUAAGGCGGCUGUUAGCCCACCUCGCAUACCUCUUUGAAGCAAGCCUUUUGCCGGUGUCCUUCUGGGAGAGUUCUCGAGUGGGAUUACCUUAACCCAGGCUAACUGUGCUCUUUCCCCUUCAAUGCUUUCCAGUGAGAUCCCUUAAGAGUGAGUACCCCCUUCCGGCAUGCCCCCCCAUCCCACCCCAACACACACCAGAGCCCCGAUUACUCCAGCCACCACCCUCCCCCCCCCCCUGCACCCUGCCUGACUUGUCCUCCUAGUCCCUCCCAGUAGUGUACCGGGAAGCCAUCUUUGAUUUAAAUCUGCUUUUUAAAAUGUAACGCUGUAAGGAUACAUGUUCGGUUUUAGUUGCGCCUUUUGCGCUCGUGCCCCACAAGUCACCCUGCUUCAGCUAAGGGGGGAGCAGGUGCCUCUUACAGCACUUGUCUCUGUGUGAAGUACUUCAGUUCACCCUGAAUGUGCAGCAAGCCGUGUAUCUGGCUUAGUUUAAACACUCAAUAAGGCCGUUAAUCCGAAAUCCCCUGGGUCACGGACAGGAUUUGCGUUGUGCAAUUUACAUAGCAUUUUGUAUUCAUGGGACAUUCAUAUCAAAACAUGUUUUAACACAUAUAACACCGAGCAAGCCACAUUUCAUAUGCUACCGUUAAUUCUAUAACUCUCUCCCAUGCUAUGGGCUGACAGAAGCACAGCUAGUAGUUACCAACAGGCUGAUUGUGUAUCUCCGAUCAGUUCAUUCAUACCUGUCCUUUUCCUCGUUUUCAUAUCUUCAUUUCUGACUCUGCUUUCCUUUCUCUCUCGCCUUCUCCCCACAGCCAAGGCCUUGUAAUCCACCUCCCUCCACUAGAACCAUGUGCAGAAACUGUAAGGUUUUUGUUUUUUUUUUGUUUGUUUGGUGCACGUGUCCGGGCGGUUCCACCUCUACAAAAGGCCUGCAUGUAAGAAUGAACGACGAAAUCGGAAAUGUAUCUACAUUUAAUAUACGUGUUUUAAAAUAACCAAGAAAAAGAAUACUGUGAGGUAGGGACGAUUUUUAAUGGGCAAAAUGCGUCAGCUGGAGAAAUAAAUGUUAUCCUGUAUGUGAAAUCACAGUCCCUGGAGAUCCUUGCGCCAUGGAGGCAAACGCGCUUGGCCUUCACCUUCGACUCGAGAUCUAAGGAGUUUUCAUGCCACCUUUUUAAGAUUCUUCUGUGUAAAAUGUCAUAGUUUUAUAUAAAUGUAUAAUAUACCAUAAUGCAUGUUCUGCAGUUGUAAGUAGCUGAAAUAUUUUAGCAGAGUUUCUACAUUAAAAUAGCUAUGUACAAAUAUCGCUCGGCGCAAGUAGAACAAAUUCUCCUUUAGAUACAAGCGGGCAACCAUAAUGACACCGGUCAGUUCCAUAAUCAGAUACUUUUCCUAAGGAAAUCUUUUUUAGAGGUGUGCAAAAUGACGAAGUAGACCUUUUUGUUUUGUUUUGCACUGUAAUAAUGUAACUUAUUUAAAUAAGGCGCUGAGGUGCGGUGGAACUGUGAUGCAUCCGUCUCGAAAGGAGCAGUCCGGCCCUUUAACACCGCGUCCGAACCAUGACCUAUUGUAUAUACCAGCGACUGUUCAUUUCCGUGCUGACGAUUGUAACAUGCAUCACAUGAAACGUGGUUUCAGGUAAAUAAACCAAUUAAACAUGA